AUGGCAACGACAAGCGAUUCCGAAGGGGUCUUGCGAGAGCUCGGAGAAAAGGAUGCAGCUCAAGAUGCAGGCCAACCGGCAACAAGCAGCGCAAGCCCACCGGAGUCCAGCGUUCCCAAGGCAGAGACGGGGGAGCUGGAGACUGAAAGCCCAAGGACGGUGACCGGGCUCAAGUGGUUUUUUGCCUACAGUUCCAUUUUAUCGACAGUGCUGCUGUUUGCCCUUGACGGCACGAUCGUCGCCGACAUCCAGCCCUCUAUAGUCGAGGCCUUCAACAACGUCGAUCUCCUCCCUUGGAUCGGAGUGGCAUUCACCCUAGGGAGCGUGUCUAUCUUGCCGCUUGGCAAGGCAUUCGGUGUGUUCAACGUCAAAUGGCUCUUUAUCGGCUGCGUGGUCGGCUUCGAGGUGGGCAGCGCCAUCUGCGGCGCGGCGCCCAACAUGCAGGCCAUGAUCAUUGGGCGCGUGGUCCAGGGCGUGACGGGGUCCGGCGUCUACUCAGGCGGCCUGACGUAUAUUGCUCUGACGACGACGACGCGUGAGCGCCCUCUGUACUUCUCGGGCGUCGUGGCCAUGUGGGGAGCCGGCUCCGUCCUGGGUCCCGUCAUCGGUGGCGCCUUCGCCGAGAGCAGCGCCACCUGGCGCUGGGCCUUCUACAUCAACCUCGUCGUCGCCGCAGUCUUCGCCCCGGCCUUCUUCUUCUGCCUGCCCAACAUCCAGCCGCUCGACCUGCCGCUCCUAGAAAGGGCCCGCUCCCUCGACUGGCUCGGAAUCCUCAUCUUCGAGGGCGGUGUCGCCUGCUACGCCAUGGCCCUCACCUUUGGCGGGGUUGUGUAUGGCUUUGCCAGCGGCCAAGAGAUUGCCCUCUGGACAAUGACAGGCGUGCUCCUGAUCGCCUUUUCGUCCGUCACCUACUUCCAUCCCGGCGUCCCGGCCGACAAAACGCUGUACCCUGCCCAUUUCCUCAGCAGCCUCAAGCUGAACAUCUUGCAGUUCAACCUUUUUGUUGCGUCUGGAUCGAUGAUGAUGACUGUGUACUACGUUCCAUUGUUCUUCCAGUUUACGAGAGGAGACAACGCUCUGGACGCCGGCGUGCGGCUUCUUCCACCCAUUGCCAUGAUUAUCUUCUUUUCUGUCCUGAAUGGUACCUUUAUGCCUAAAUAUGGCUAUUACACGCCGUGGUAUAUUUUCGGCAACGCCGCUCUUCUGGCGGGUUCGGCCCUGAUGUUCACCAUCGACUCGUCCACAUCGGAGUCAAGGAUCUACGGGUACACAAUUCUCUUAGGGGUCGGGAUCGGCUCGACACUGACGGCUGGCAUCGCCGUGGCACAAGCCCUAGUGCCCAAGUCGGACGUAAACAAUGCCGUCGGUUUCAUGACCUGUGCGCAAAACCUGGGCAACAUCACCUUCCUCGGCGUGGCCGGGUCCCUAUACCAGAACUUCAGCCUGCGGGAGCUCGGCAGCCUGUUCAAAACCAUGCCCCGGACCGACAUCCUGGGGCUGACCACGGGCAUCAGCAGCUCUGUUUACCAGGCCCUGGACGAGCAUGAUCGGGGGCUAGUCAUCGACCAGGUCACCGUGUCCAUCCGAAACGUGUUUGCCAUCGCCAUGGUCGGUUCUGCAAUGGGCUUUCUUGCUUCCAUUAUGCUCGGGCGCCACAAGCUUUACUGA